CGCGUUCUGAUUCUGAAGAGAUGUCUGAGUUAGGCUCCAUUGAUAAUCCGGUGAAGUUCAAGGAUCAAGACUAUGACUCCCUGCUGCAGAAGUGUCUCAAAUCUGCCCUUCUCUUCUCAGACACGGUGUUUGCAGCGAGCCAAAGCUCCCUCGGGAUUCCUGCGGAUCCUGAUCCUAAAAAGGCAGUAAAGUGGCUGCGUCCAAAGGAAAUCACCAGUAAUGCUGUCUUUGUUGAGGGCACCAUGGGCACCACCGAUAUCUGCCAGGGCCAGCUGGGUAACUGCUGGCUGCUGGCGGCCCUGUCCUGUCUCACCAUGCACCCGACUCUGUUUGUCAAAGUGGUUCCAUGUGGACAAAGCCUGAGUGAAUCCUACGCUGGCAUCUUCCGUUUCAGGGUCUGGCAGUAUGGUGAGUGGGUGGAGGUGGUAGUGGAUGACAGGCUGCCUGUGAGAGAGGGCCGUCUGCUUUUCAGCUACUCUCGCACCACCAACGAGUUCUGGAGCGCCCUGGUGGAGAAAGCUUAUGCCAAGCUGAUUGGAUCUUACGGCAGUCUGAAAGGGGGGAUUAUCUCCGAGGGAAUGGAGGAUUUCACAGGGGGUAUUGCCUACUCCCUCCCGGUGUCUUCCCGACCCCCACGCAUGCUCUGGAAAGCCAUCACUGCUGCGCUGGCCAGGAGCAGUCUGAUCAGCUGCUUCAUACAUGCUACCAGUGUGAAGGACAUUGGCAUUGUGACAUCAGAGGGUCUCAUCAAAGGUCAUGCUUAUGCCAUCACUGAUACAGAUAAGGUCCAGAAGGUGUCAGAAGAGGUGUUCCUGCUGAGGCUGCGUAACCCCUGGGGGUUUGUUGAGUACUGUGGACCCUGGAGUGACAAGUGUAAAGACUGGGACUUUAUAGACAAUGCUCAGAAGGCCAAACUUGAGUUGGCCAAAGCUGAUGAUGGAGAAUUCUGGAUUGGAGUAGACGACUUUUGCCGUCUGUUUAAUACAGUGGAAAUGUGCAGUGUGAAUCCGGACUCCAUGUCGGGGGAGGCGAGUGAUGACACGGCCACCCCGUCCUGGACACUGAGCUCACAUCAAGGCACCUGGGUCCCAAUGUGCUCUGCAGGAGGCUGCCGAAAAUACCCCAGAUCUUUCUGGAAAAACCCUCAGUUCCAGAUGAUUCUGUCUGAGAAAGAUGUGGAUGACAAUGACUAUGGAGAGGAUGAAGAAGGGGAGGAAGGGGAUGGAGAAGAGGAUGAAGACGUCAGUUUAGUGGCUCCUAAGAGCAAGACUGGGAAACAGGGAGAGAAAAAGAAGAAGUGCACGAUUCUGGUGGAGCUUCUCCAGAAAUACCGCAGACAGAAAGACAAAAUCAACUUCCUCUACAUCGCAUUUCACAUCUACAAGGUCCCCUCUGAGGAAAAACCAGGAUCUCUGGACCAGCAGUUCUUCUCCAACAACCGUGCGGUGGCUCGCUCUGGAAAGUACCGGAGCAUCAGGAGCGUGUGGAGGAAGGUUCACCUGGAGCCUGGAAGUUAUGUUAUCCUAGCCUCCACCUUCAGGCCCAACCAGCAGGGGGAGUUCUUCCUCCGCAUUUACACCAAAACCGGCAACAUACAGGGAUUCCAGGAUUUCCCCUGCACCAACAACUACUCUGUGAUGGUCAUGUCAAAGCCAGCCUUACCUGAGGACCAGUUUAGGGUGCAGAAGUGGUUUGAUGAAAAGGCUGGAUCUGAUGACAGAGUGAAUGCUGUGCAAUUCAUGAAUCUGAUGAAUUCAGUGUUGGAAAAAGACUAUGAGCUUCCUCUGGAGACCUGCAGACAGCUCAUCUUUGGAGAAGAUACUGGAGGCAGAGGCCGUCUGAACAGAGCUCAAGCAGAGAAGCUGCUCACCUCCCUACGCAAUCUGCAGUCUAUCUUUUUCCAGUUUGAUGAGGAUUCGUCAGGAACUAUGAGUCCGUUUGAACUCAGUUUGGCUCUGAAUGCUGCAGGUGUGGAGUGUGACAAUGUGGUGGAGCAGAUGUUGUGGGAGAGGUUUGGCGCUGGUGAACAGUACCUGCCCUUCUAUGGCUUUGUGUCUUGUGUUGCCAGACUGCAGGUGCUCUUUGAUCUUUACGAGUCGGAGACCAACCCAGAGGUGAAGGAAAAGGGCAUCAACGCUUGGCUGCUCAGGCUGUUGGCUGUGUGAGGCUGUCCAGACCCGACACCUCAGCGGGACAGUUCUGCUAGGCCAAGACUGCUCUGACGUCAUCCACCUGGGUCUACGCCUCCUACAUCUCCCCCCUUCUAUCUCAUAUGUGAUAUGUGGACAUUUGCCCUGCAGUUGCUUCAACCCACUCACUGCUCCAUCAGUCGGGGUCUAUGACCAUGUAGUUCAACACCGCCUGGAUACAAAACAUUUCAUCCCAU